GGUCUUACUGUUAACUCCAAGCUGACCUUGAACUUGCUGUGAGGCUCAGGUUGGCCUUGAACUUGAGAUCCAUCUGCCUUAGUCUUAGCCUCCUGAGUGGCAUAUCACCAACUUUGGGUUGCUGAGUGGAUUGCCAUCCGUGUAUAUAAAACUUGACAUCUCAAUAAAUAAGAUUCUCAGAAAACAUCUAUGUCAGAGACAGUGGGCAGUAAAUAGAUGAAGCCAAAGAUGAGUGAGACCAGACACUUCUUCAAGAGCUUACAGGCCCUGUGAGAGGAAGCAGGCUCCUACCAUGAACAUGGCCAGGAAUGUGGCAGAUCUUCUGGCUUCGAGCCAGCAGGAAGAACUAGUGGAUUUGCCAGACAACUACCCAUUGAGUACAAGUGAAGAUGAGGGGGACAGUGAUGGAGAACGGAAAUGUCAAAAGCUCCUGGAAGCAGUCAAUUCCCUUGGUAGAAAGAAUAAAUGGAAGUUGGCAGAGCGAUCUGAGGCUAGUCUAAGAGUGUCAGAGUUCAAUGUUACUUCUGAAGGGUCAGGUGAAAAGCUGGUCCUUUCCGAUUUGCUUGGGUCUGCUACAGCAUUACCUUCGUUGGCUGCUGUGAAAAAACAACUGCAUAGAGUCAAGUCAAAGACUCUGACCACACCCCUUAGCAAAGAAGAGGCUGACCGGACCCUCAGAGAAGCAGCAUUCAGCAAAACCUCACAAAUGCUCUCCAAGUGGGAUCCUGUUGUUCUGAAGAACCGGCAAGCAGAGCAGUUGGUUUUUCCCAUGGAGAAGGAGCCGCCAGCUGUUGCUCCCAUUGAACAUGUAUUCACUGGCUGGAAAGCAAGAACCCCCCUGGAACAAGAAGUUUUUAACCUCCUUCAUAAGAACAAGCAGCCAGUAACAGACCCUUUAUUGACUCCCUUGGAGAAAGCCUCCAUCAAAGCCAUGAGCCUGGAAGAAGCCAAAAUACACCGAGCAGAGCUUCAGAGGACGCGAGCUCUGCAGUCCUAUUAUGAGGCUAGAGCUCGAAGAGAGAAGAGAAUCAAGAGUAAAAAGUACCACAGAGUUCUAAGGAAAGGGAAGGCCAAGAAAGCCUUAAAAGAGUUCGAGCAGCUGUGGAAGGACUGCCCAAGUGCUGCAUUACAAGAACUGGAAAAAAUGGAAAAAAUCAGAAUGACAGAACGGAUGAGCCUUAAGCACCAGGGCAGUGGGAAAUGGGCAAAGUCAAAGGCAAUUAUGGCCAAAUAUGACCAGGAGGCUCGAAAAGCUAUGCAAGAACAAUUGGCUAAGAACAGAGAACUGACACAGAAACUCCAGGUAGUUUCAGAGAGUGAGGAAGAGGAUGGAUGCACAGAAGAGGGAAUAGUCCCUGUCUCUGAUGGAAUGGAUGACCUACAGGUGAAUGCAGAUGCUGUAAAUCCCUGGAUGCUUAGCAGUUGCAACAGCAAUGCAGAAAGAGGUGAGAUCAAGACAGACCCUGAACAGAUGCCUGAAUUUGUGGCCCAUGUGUCUUCUGAGAGUGAGGGAGAUGAAAGACCAGCGGCAGAAGAACUUGUGUUGAAAAAAAGAUCCUUUCAAGAAAGAGUUGAUUCCAAUAAUGCUAAGCCAAUGGGUGGCCAAGAAAGAGAAGAUUCUAAUAGCCAGGAGGUAUUAUCUGAAUCGAGAAUAUUGCUUCAGAAACUCAACAAGGAAAAUCAUCAACUUGAGAAUCAAAAAGUGAGUUCACUGGAAACUGUUCUUCAUAUCCAGGAAGAAGACCUUGCCUCAGAGAAGUUCUUGGUGCUUCAAAGGCUAGAGAGAGCACAUGCUCUGGAACAACAAGGAGAGUUGGGCAAAGAGGGACAUCCAAAAAAGGGGAUUUCUAGACCUGUGUUGAAAGGGGUGUGGAGGGAAGUGAACCCACCCACCAAACCUGAUGCCUCUGGAGAGAAGAAAAAGAAGGAACAAAUGAUUGAUCUGCAGAACCUCCUAACUACUCCAUCUCCUUCUGUGAAGUCUUUGGCAGUGCCCACAGUACAGGAGUUGGAAGAUGAAGUGGAAACAGGCCACAAGCAGCUAAUAAAGGAAGCUUUUGCUGGGGAUGAUGUCAUAAGAGAGUUCUUAAAAGAGAAAAGGGAAGCUAUAGAGGCAAAUAAGCCAAAGGACUUGGACCUGUCAUUGCCUGGAUGGGGUGAGUGGGUUGGUAUGGGCCUGAAGCCCAGUGCCAAGAAAAGACGUCGUUUUCUUAUUAAAGCUCCUGAAAGUUCUCCAAGAAAAGACAAGAAUUUGCCAAAUGUGAUUAUCAGUGAGAAGCGCAACAUCCAUGCAGCUGCUCAUCAGGUGCGGGUGGUUCCACACCCAUUCACCCACCACCAGCAAUUUGAAAGGACUAUCCAGAACCCUAUUGGGUACACAUGGAACACCCAGAGGGCCUUCCAAAAGCUGACAGUUCCCAAGGUUGGCACCAAACUAGGCCAUAUCAUUAAGCCCAUAAAAGCAGAAAAUGUAGGGUACCGCUCUUCCUCAAGGUCUGACCUUUCAGUCCUACAGAGCAAUCGGAAGUGCCUCUCCAGAAAGCAGCAAAAACAGCUGAAGAAAAGCUCUGCAGAUUGAGCUGCCAUUGGAGUAGCAUCUUUGUUCCUGGGACUAGGAACCGCUAGUGUUUGUCUUGGUUGCAUCAUUGUACAUCAGGAGCAUUUCCUAAAUGGACAGAACACGGUAUACUUAAGUCACAUUGUAGAAAUAAGGCAUUUUUACCUAGCAAAGAGCUUACAUUCAUUCCAUUUUGAGAUAUAUGAUAAAUUUAGAAACGAUUCAUUCAUGGGGAAAAUAUAGAGUGCCUAUAUAGGUCCCGGCUUAGGGAGGAAUGAGUGGACAGUGGAGUUCAGACUGGGAUUGGGCAGAGGAAGCAUGGGCAGCAAAAAAUGCCAACUAGUUUAGAUAUUAAGUUAAUAGAUACUGAUAUAGUGACUCAUAUAUGUAAUUCAGCAUUCUGGGAGGCUGAGGAUCAUUUAGUUGGGCCACAGAAUGAGAUCUUGGCUCAAAAAAACAAAACAAGUCCAAAAGUAUUCUAGGAAGAAAGGCGGAAAGAACAAAUUUAGAGACUUGGAGAAGACAGUGAAGAUAAAGGCGCAUAGAAUUUAAGAAUAAAGUGUUGCACAGCGCUACUAAGGUUAUAGUCCGCUAUGCUCGGAUAGCUUUCCUAGUGCAAAAUGGAGGAAUCCCUUUUCUUAGUGUGUUUCUUCUUUUCCUCCUGAUAUGGGGAACCUGACCCCCCAAUCUUCUACCUGAGGAAUGUCAUGUAAUCCUUGGAGGAAAUUACAGAUUCAAUUUCCUGGAAUGUCUUUCCAUGCAAAUGAGGUGUCCUCUGAACCUUAAACCUCAGCUAAUGAAACUUCACCUUAAGAAGAACCCCUUUCUACUCUCCAGGAUUAAUACAUAUAGCCCUUGAUUCACCCUGAAUGAGGUAUGUGCACACAAGCUGUUUCCUUGACUACUGUCUAAGAGAGCUGUUUUCUAAAAGUUAUAACACUGAAAUCUUCAGGCCCCCUUCCUCCAGCAUUCACUGUCAGACCUGGAUCCUGCUGACCCACCAGUUCUGGACUUCACUUCAUCCUUUCCUGCCUGGUGUGUAAAGGAAGAAUGAGACCGCAGAACUCGGCUUCAGUCCAUCCUUCCCUGCCUGACAUUCUAUGGAAUUCUGCUCCGCUCUGUCCUUCCUUCCCCUCUUGGUGUCCAGCAACCCCUGGACAUCCCAAGGGAAGAAGCUGAAAAAAACGGAAGCACGAAGUGUGACAGAGAAUCAGGAGUAUUGAAAAAUCAGUUAUGGAGAGCCUUAAAUGCUUUGCAGAGAAAUGGAUUAUUCUUUUCAACUCUUUUCUCUUAGGCAAUGUAGAGGAAUUAAGACUUGGAUAGGGGAUUGUUGUGGCAUUUAUGUUAAAGAAGUGGGUGCCAAGCUGGCAGCAUGCAUGCAGGAUGUAUUAAUGGAGGUAAGAGUUAAAAAUGUCAGCUAUAGAAGUUAGGGUAAGCAUGGGCAGGAGGGCUGGAUGACAGGAAGUAGAAUAAUCACCUGGCAACAGUUCUGGAGAAUAAGGGAGGAAAGGGAUUUUAUUGGAUACCUUGAAGUUUGAGCAAGGUUUUGAACCUGGAAGGAUUUUGUUUCCCAUUUUUACUUAUUCUUAGAAAGAUGGAAGGAUAGUGGAAGGGAAAUGCUUAUAUGGAAGUGGGAUGAAGAAUUCAGGGUUUAGAAAAUUCUUGUAUAUUUUUAAAAUGUAAAGCUAUGCAUGAUCAGACAUUCCUGUAAUCCCAGCACUUGGGAGCAGGCAGAAGCAGAAGGAUAGCUGAAAGUUAGAGGCCAGGAAAGGUCAACAUAAUUCCGGUUCUAAGUAAGAGUCAGUUAGAGGGGGGACUUGGAGAUAGGUGAGAGCUAGAUUGUGGAGCGAGGGAGUGGUAAGGUUGACUCCUUGAGUAUGGGGUUAGAAACUCUUCAUGUCUUAUAAUAAUUGGUACUCAAGAUUUUUAUCAAGAAUGUGGCUGCCAGAGAAUCCAUCUGCUAGUCUUUGGGACCAGAUUACCCAUGGAGUGAGGGGUCAUGUCUAGAGUACAGGUCAGAGAGAGCAGAUCAAUAGAUGAAGGACUUUGAAGUACCCAGAGACCAAAGUUGUUAUCUAAGUUACUAAUUUUUUUUCCUCUUUCCCUAUUGUGCCUUCAGCCUUGGCCUCAGGAAGUCUAGGCAAGUGCUCUGCUACCGAGCUACGUCCUCAGCUUUGUUUUGUUUUGUUUUGUUUUGUUUUUUAGACAGGCUUCUUGCUGGGCGUCUUAGACUAGCCUUGACCUGUAUAGGCCAGGCUGGCAGGCUGGAUUGGCUUUGAGCUUUCUAUUCUGUCUACCCAGUAAUCCCCUGUGAUUAGUAAUAAUUUUUUUUUUUAUGGCACUGGGAUUGAAGUCACAGACCUUAUGUAUGCUAUUCAUGAGCUCUGUCAACAAGCUAUAUCUUCAGCUGCCUCCCCACAUUUAGAUCUGUGCUCCUACCAGGGAAUUUUCUUUUGUCUUUUUUUUUGUUUGUUUUAAAGACAAUGUCUUUUUAAGUUGCUCAGGCCAGGCUUGAACUCACUAUUUAGUUCAGAUAGUCCUUGAACUUAGAAUCUUAUAGCCUAAGCUUCCCGAGUAGCCAGGUGUACAGACAUGUAUCACUGCUCAACAACUCAUUAUUUAACAUUUGUAAUUCACCUGUGUGUGUGUUCUUCAAUGUUUUGUCUGCACAUGUCCACCCACUCACCCACCCAUAUGAUGUAUGUUUCAGCAGGUUCUGUGAUGAUGGCCACUAGGGAUUGAGUAAUGAGUAAAAGACACUUUGUUCUUCAUGUAUAGAGAAGAUGGGCAGUAAGCAGUUUUAUAAGCAAUUAUUUAAUUAUAAGCACAGUAGGUACUACUAAGGCAAAACACAGAAUGUGGUGAAAGUGGAAAACUUUAAGCGGUAUUGGGCAAAUCCAGUAGGAGAGGGAUAGUAGCAGAGAGGUAGGGGAACUCGGAGGAUGCUAGGCCAGAGACUUAGCAGUUGGGAUGAGGUGGAGACCUGACAUUGGGGAUGGCACACAAUGCUCAGAAGGUGAGUAUUCUGUGGAGACUUUAUACUGGACCUAAAGUUUAAGACAUCAGAUCAGAGAAAGGUAAAAGGUAAAACUCCUCUCAUAAAGGCUAUGAACUGGGGUGGGAAAAUUAGGGAACUUGGAGAUUGUGCUGUGCCAACUGACCAGCAGUGUCUCAAGUCAGUUUGUUGUUUUGGUCUCAAUCACUACAAAAUGGUUAGUUUUAUUACUACAAGACAUGGAAAGAGUUAACAUUUGUCUUCUUGUUUGCAUUAUAUGAUUAGGGAUGUUAAAUUUACCAAAGUUAUUUUUGAACAAAAUACCUAUAAAAACUUCAAACUCACAGUCUCAAAGUCUGCCACCAUGCCUGGUUUAAGUUGUAUGUUUGUUGUUUUGAGCAAGGUUCCACUGUGUAGCCCUGGCUUGCCUAAACUUGCUAUGUAGACUAGACUAUAUUUGAACUUGUAGCUAUUCUUCUGCUUCAGCACCCUCCCAAAACCCCUGGCCCCCUUUCCUCCUUCCUUUCCUCUGUCUCCCCUUCCCCUUCCUUUCUCUUCCCUACCCUCCCUUUCUCCCUUCUUCCCUUCCUUUUUUUUUUUUUUUUUUUUUUAACGACAAGGUCUCUGUGGAACUCUGGGUGUCCUGGAACUUGUUAUAUAGACCUGGCUGGCCUGGAGGUCACAGAUUCACUUAAAUGCUGGGAUCAUUAUGAGCCAUGUUUCAAGUCAUAUGUUUAGAACAGGUAUAUUUCAAAUUAGUGUUUGGAUUCUCCAGGUUCUGUUUAGUUUGCUUUUAAAAAAAGCCAUACACUGGCUCAAUGGUUUGUGAUUUUUAAUAUAUAAAGUUUGUUCCUGUCUGAAUGUAUGGAAAUAAUUUGUUCACAUUUCCUUAAGAGUUUCCUUGAUUAUAACAGUAUAUGUUCUGUAUGAAAAGUAGAAAAUAUGUAAGAACAUAAGUUGGAAAAUUAAAAAUUAGUACUAAUUUUGUAACCAAAAUAUGGCCACUGCUGAUAUUUUUUGUUUGCUCACAAGUGAAACUAUAUUGUGUAUAUUCAAUAUUCAACCUAUUUUUUCUUGUUAAUAUGUCACAAGCAAUUAUAAUGUUAACAGAUGUUUGAAAUAUUUGUAGUGGCUAUAUAGUAAUCUGAUGAAUAUACAUGUCACAGUGUAUUUGAUAUUUCCCAGUUACUGUAUAUUUGCCUAUUUUCUUUUGAAUGCCUGUUAAAAUGACUUAUUAAAGAUUCCUAGAACUGAAGGAUAAAGGCUAUGUGCUCUUAAUAAAAACUGUAAACUUGCUUUCUAA